GGAAUUCUUGGGAAUUUGCGUACUUUCCAGGUUUGAAAAAAUAUGGAAAAAGAAAAGAGUAUGGAAACUAUGUGUAUUUACAGAGUAUAUUGCCUGGCAAAAAAAUCUGGAAGGAAAAUAGGAAAAAAAAAUGACUGGGACCUCUGGAAAUUUGAGUCUGAAGACAUAUGACAUUUUUACAUGAAGAAUGUAGCGGAACCUUGGGAGAAAUCCACUCUUUGUUUCUGCAUCCAUCACAAACUGUUGCUUGAAAACUUUGAAACUUCUGUUUGUGUCCAAUUGCUCUGGUUCCCUUCAGCUAAAUAUUUCAACAGAAACCACAACCAAAUGACAUCUGGAAGUUAUGGCUCAGAUUCUGCGGUCGACCCACAGACACCAGUUCUGCGCAUCAGCCAGCUGGACGCCCUUGAGCUGGACUCAGCCCUUGAGCAGCUGCUGUGGACCCAGUUCACUCAGUGUUUCCAGAACUACCGCCCAGGAAUGCUCACCCCAGUGGAGCCUGAAUUAAAAGCUCUACUUUAUCUGCUGCUAUGGAGAUUCACUCUUUAUUCCAACAGCGCCACAGUAGGCCAAUCUUUACUGAGCCUGCGCUAUCAAAGCACAUCUUCAUUAUAUCCCCACUACAAGCCGCUGUCUCGUCAUCAGAAGCUGGGUCUUGCCAUACUUACUGCAGGCCCCCGUUGGCUGCAGGAGCGUUCCUACCGGCUCCUGCCAUGGUUGGGUUUGAGCCCAAGAGGAGCUGUGUCAGAGAUGGAUAGCGGUUUGCUCCAACAAGGUCUCCGUAAAGCCCUCGCUCUUGUUUCUGGUGUGGCAAAAUUUGCUACCCUCGUCAACUUCCUUGUUUUCCUAAGGAACGGCCGUCACCCUGUCUUAGUUGAAAGAAUCACAGGAGCUCAGGCUGUUUUCAGUAAGCCCAAUGCAGUUCGUGAUGUAACUUACCAGUACAUGAACCGGGAACUGCUGUGGCACGGCUUUGCCGAGUUCUUCAUCUUUGUGUUACCACUGGUUAAUUUACUAAAACUGAAAACAGCAGUGCUGUUACGUGUGCUGGGCCGAAAAGGUUCCGAUGAAGAAAAAGCAAGAAAGCCACGAGAUAUGUGGAAAGACUGUGCACUAUGUGGAGAAUGGCCAACAUUGCCGCAUACAGUGGGGUGCCAGCACGUUUUCUGCUACUACUGCAUUAAAAGCCACAGCAUCGCGGACGCUAGCCUCACAUGUCCAAAAUGUGGAGCAGAUGCAGGAACUCCUGAGACAGUCAAGAUGGAGAUGCAGUAUGUGGGCAGGUGAUGGUUCCAUCCUACUAAGAGGGAACUGUUAGACACUUAGUACAAAUGAAAGAAAAAGUUCAGGAUUGUUUAGGUGAAGUUUUGUUAAAAUGUGAUAUCUUACGUGCAGCGGAUAACUCUGGGCAUGAUUACUUGGCAUGAAUUCAGAUAAGAUGGGCGCUGAGACUGAAGCUAACAGCCAUGACAGAAUGGGACUUCUGCCUGCUUCAAACAACUUCAGUCUCAGAAACAUCAUGUCAGCUGUUUUGGCUAACACUGUUUUAAAAGCCUUUAAACCAAGCUUGUGUUUGCAUUGGACGACCAUUUAGAGAGGCCGAUGAUUAUUUACGUUGGAAAUGGAGGCAGGGGGGGGGUGUGCUACCAGGGAUACAAAAGUGGUAGACAUAAGCAAAAACAUAAAAGUGUUGAUUUUUACCCUGCCUUAUUUUUACAUAAUUUACUCUUACCGGAAACACUUAGCAUGUUUAGUUCUUUCUACAGGUUUCAUUUAAUGAAUCAAACUGGAUUUGCUUUAAGACAGAAAUCCACUUUGGUGUCGGCCUCUCUCGGAUGAGCCGGUCGCUUCACCUCCAAAGUCCAUCUAAUCUGUAUUCAUAUAAAAUGAAGAUGCUAUGACAGUUACUUACUGCAGAUAUGUAUUUAUUGCUUAUAACCUUUCAACAGCACCUCAUCAAAAAAAAAUCUGAACUGUCUCUUUAAACUGGAAACAGACAUAUGGAUGGACACCCUAAUUCCUGCAGUUAGGGUUUAUCAGUUCCCGUUAUUUGCUUUUUUUUUUCAAAUAAUUAGUCGUGUAUGACUUUAUGAUGGCACUUUUCUUUAUUGUGUCUUUUCUGAGCACACAUUCGUCUGGUAGGUUUAAUGUAUGUGUGCAUAUAUUGACAGUCUUCUGUGCCCUCUGUUUCUCUGGCUGGACUUCAGAUAGAAUUAUUUGUCUAUAGUGCACUGGACAGACUGCAGAGCACCACACAGAGCAUAUAUUUGAUGAGUGAAUGUGUUGAUUUAUGCUCCAAAUUAGCUCUGUGAUGGGGUGUGUGGAUGUGUGUGUGUGUUUGUUGAAAUGGGAAUAUUUGUUCUGAUGAAAAAUGCAGAAAGUCAGCUGAAUAAAUAAUGGGAGGAAUUUCUGAUGCCUCUCAUCAUGGCCAAAUUA